AUGGCGAAUUCCACGUUUAGCUCUCUGAUUCGAUACAGGAAAUGGGGUAAGAGCAAUUGGCUUGUUGCUUCCUUCGGACUCCUCUUGAUUUUGUUCUCCCUCUCUUUAUUCUUCGACCCCACGUCAGACUCUGUCCCUUCCGUUGACCAUAAUCCUCCCAUCACUUCCCCAUCUGAUCUGGUCAAACUCAAGCUGUCUAGUAAAGCUAAAGAGAGAGGAGCAUUAUGCUUGGAUGGAAGCUUGCCUGGUUACCACUUUAGUAAGGGUUCAGGAUCAGGCACCAAAAGCUGGCUUAUUCAUCUUGAGGGAGGAAGCUGGUGCAAUACAAUAGCGUCAUGUUCUGCUCGAGCAAUGACUAGGUUAGGCUCUUCCAACUACUUUGAACAUGAAGUGUCUUUUCAAGGUGUUUUAAGCAGUGACCCAUCUCAAAACCCUGAUUUCUUUAACUGGAACAGAGUUAAGAUACGUUAUUGUGAUGGUGCUUCUUUUUCUGGACGUCCUGAAGCUGAAUUAAAGAACGAAACACGUCUUUUCUUCCGGGGCCAGCUCAUCUGGGAGGCGAUUAUGGAUGAACUGUUGUCAAUGGGCAUGUCAGAUGCCAAACAGGGUAUACUUACAGGAGGUUCUGCUGGUGGCUUGGCAGCUCUUAUACAUUGUGACUACUUUAGAGAUCAUCUGCCAAAUGAUGCAUCUGUUAAGUGUGUUUCUGACGGAGGCUUUUUUCUUAACGUGCCUGAUGUCCUUGGGAACCCUACCAUGAGAUCUUUCUAUCAUGAUGUUGUUAAACUGCAGGGCCUAGAUAAGAGCUUGGAUCAGAAAUGUGUAGCUAGAAAGGAUCCAUCCAAGUGUAUGUUUCCUCAAGAAUUCGUUAACAACAUAAGAACACCAGUCUUUCUUGUCAACGCAGCUUAUGAUUAUUGGCAGAUUCAACAUGUCUUGGUACCAGCUUCUGCUAAUCUAGAUAAAAGUUGGGCAAAGUGUAGACUCAAUAUUAAAGAAUGUGAUGCUGAACAGAUGAAAGUUCUACAUGGUUUUCGCGGCUCUCUAAUGGAUGCCAUUGGGAAGUUUCAUCAGAAGAAAGCUGGUGGGAUGUUCAUAGAUUCUUGCUACUCUCAUUCCCAGAUACUUAAGCCAAUGACGUGGCACUCCCCAACCUCAACAAGAAUUAAAAAUAAGACAAUUGCGGAGUCUGUAGGUGACUGGUACUUCAACCGCAAGCCGGUGAAGCUAAUUGACUGUCCUUACCCGUGCAACCCUUAUUGUUAAAACAUGAAUUUCACCUGAACUUGCCUUAUAGCUGCAUUGACCAUCCCCUCUGCUUCUGGUAUUUAAUUUCUUCAUCCGAGGAGCAGCCAUUUCAUUGAAUUCUUGAUCGGGUCGAGUCCUAGAGAAAGCUUUGUAUCCUAAUGAAGUUGAUUGGUGAGACAUUAUUACAAUGUCAACAAUCCAUAUUGGCAUAUUUUUCACGUUGGAAUCUCUUGAGAUUGGAUAUUUAUAUGAUAUUGUAAUCGUUACGUAUUGUAACGAGGUUGGUUGUUGUGUAAAGAAGUUCCUCCAGUGUUAUGGGAGCAGCAUAUCUUAAUUCUUAGAUAUUUGAGUUCUUUUUUUGGUCACGUCAAAAAGAAUUUG